CUGGUGGAGAGGCCGCAGCCCAGGAGGCUGAGCAAGGUUGAUGGCUUCUCGUGGAAGAACUGUGACAACGGGACCGAUCCCGUUGAGGUCCAGAGUCUCUCCUUAGCCCCAGAUCCAAUCUGCAUUCCCGGGGACCUGAAAGUCAACCUGGCAGUUUCCAGUAAAGUGGACCUCACCUCGCCUCUGAAGGUGGUACUCACGGUGGAGAAGAAGAUAGCCGACAUGUGGAUAAAGAUCCCCUGCUUGGACCAGAUCGGGAGCUGCACGUACGAGGACCUUUGCAACAUCUUGGACAACGCCAUCCCCCCAGGAACGCCAUGCCCCGAGCCGCUCCUCAGCUACGGCCUCCCCUGUCACUGCCCCUUCAAACAGGUAAGCGCUGAGCCAGCGUUCUCUGCCUGUGCCGUGCCAGGACCCUGCCCUCCCCCCGGCUUGUGGGGCAGCUGGCUCAACCCAGUUGGGGAGAGGCAGAAGCCACCAUGUGCUAACGGCUCGGUGUUGGUGUUGAACGGUGACUACCGUAUCGAGGGGGUCAUGAGCAACGGGGCCCAGCAGCUCUCCUGUGUCAAGAUGGCCUUGUCCCUCCACUCGGACUGAGGCUGGCCAGCCUGUCCGACCCCGGGUCCACCCCCGCACUGCGGACCGCCACGUUUCCUUUCCCUUGCCGACGGGUAGAGAGAGUCGGGAGCAGUUCUCCUCCUCCUGCUGUUUUCUGCCUUGCUGCUGCUUCCUCUUUCCCACCUCUGUUCCCCCUUCUCCCUCUCAAGAAGAGGCCCACGGAAGGCGGGCGGGGCACAGGCCUUUGUCUUCGGUGCCCGGUGGACUUCAAGGUGGGCAAGGUUGGCAGAUGUCAACGGGACCCUAACCCUGUGCCCGCUCUAGCCUGGAGUUGUAUCCCCGUACUACCCACCAGUCUUAAGGGGGGGGGGGUCUCGGUUGGUUCUUUUCCUGCAUACAUAAUGAAAUCACAUUCUUUAUACUGCUUAACAUGCCCUUCUCCCCCCACCCCCACCCCGCAGUCAAUAACCAUGGCAGGGCCCAUUAGCCUGCCAGCUGACUGGUGUAAAACAAAAUGGGGUGCUGCAGCACUCCACCCUUGGAGCAGACCCAGACUGUCCCAGGAGUCUUUGCCCUCUGAGCGGUGCAGUGUGGGGCUGUUUUUGUUUGGGUGUUUUUAAUCCCGCACGGGGCAUUUUAGAACAUAAAACUCAGGGGAGAAAACAGUUCUUUUAGACUUUCACUUGGAAGGAAGAGGGUCGCUCAGUAAACCUCCUCCUGGAACGUGCUCCCAGACUCUUGCCUGGAGAGACGCAGGCAGACGGACACAUUUCUUCUAACGGGCCAUUGCUGGCCACAGGCUCCUGGGCUAGGUGGACCAUUGCGCACUCUUAUGUUUCCAAGCCAACCUGUGGCAGCAGCAGCAGUCCAGCUGUCGACACAAAGGGUACAGUUAGAUGACAUGCCUCUGCCAACAGAGGCAUGUAAAAUGGGCUACCCGACAUAGUCAGUGAAGUGGGGAUUUAAAUAUCCCCGACUUCAUUAAUAUAAAAAUGGCCGCCGCGCUCUGCCGGCUCAGCUGAUCGUUGGCACAGCGUGCGAGUCAAGACGCGGAUCGGUCGACAGGGAACGCCUUUGAAACAAGGAGCAGGAGCAGUUGAUUGACUAUGUCGGGUGGCCUAUUUGACAUGCCUCACGGCAGAGGCAUGUAAUCUAGACGUACCCAAAGAGCCCUACAGUGGGCGCUGAGCUCUCUUACCUUCUGAAAUGGGACCAGACCUGGCCAGAUCCAUUCCGGAGACGUCAUUGCUUAUAGGAACGUAGGCGGAGCCGGAGGGCUGGGCAUCGCCCGCUGAAAAGGCAGAUCUUCACCAGCCCGGACGUUGUCUCUCUGCCUUUAAAAAAGAAAA